AAUAGGACCAAGUUCAUAGCGUUUUUGCAACAUAAAUUAGUAGAUUGUUUCCUUUUUCUCUUCUCCAUGGAUAAGUUAUAUUUCUCUGGUGAAUGGUCUUCCAUGGUUGCCAUAAUGCUACUCCUUGGGGUAUUAAUGGCUUCCCUGUACCAAACAGAUGCCCAAAUAGGAGUUUGUUAUGGAGCAAAUGGUGAUAAUUUACCAUCUAGGCAAGAUGUUGUAGCUCUUUACAACCAAAAUGGCAUCCAAAGAAUGAGACUCUAUGACCCAGACCAACAAGCUCUCCAAGCCCUUGGAGGCCCCAACAUUGAGGUCAUGCUAGGUAUUCUAAACCCUAAUCUCCAAACACUUGCUUCAAGCCAAGCUGAAGCAGAUACAUGGGUCCAAAACAAUGUCAAAAACUUUGGCAAUGUCAAAAUCAAGUACAUCGCGGUUGGCAACGAAGUCGAUCCGUCUUCCAGCACAGCUCAAUUUGUUGUCCCCGCGAUGCAAAACGUGCACACCGCCAUUGUCAACGCAGGGCUUGGAGGCCAAAUUAAGGUUUCAACUGCCAUCGCCACUGGAUUGCUUGGAAACAGCUUUCCUCCAUCACAAGGCUCUUUUAGGGCCGAUAUUCGAUCAUCCUUCAUCGACCCAAUUAUUAGUUUCUUGGUGAACAAUGGUUCCCCAUUGCUUGUAAACUUGUACCCUUAUUUUAGUUAUGCAGGCAACACGAAUAGCAUUCAUCUUGAUUACGCUCUAUUCACAUCUCCUUCGGUUGUGGUGACUGAUGGCUCGCUCCAAUACCAAAAUCUGUUUGAUGCAAUGUUGGAUGCUGUUUACUCCGCGCUUGAGCAGGCAAACGGUGGCUCUUUGGAGAUUGUUGUGUCUGAGAGUGGUUGGCCUACGGCUGGUGGAACUGAUACAACUGUUGACAAUGCAAAGACUUACAAUAACAAUUUGAUUCAGCAUGUGAAAGGAGGGACACCGAAAAAGCAGGGAAAGGCUAUUGAAACUUACAUUUUCGCUAUGUUUGAUGAGAAUCAGAAGACUGGAGAUGAAGUUGAGAGACAUUGGGGGCUCUUUUCACCUGACAAACAGCUUAAAUAUCCAGUCACCUUCAAUUAAGAAGAGCAAAGUGAAGUUAAUUUGAUAUGUAUUACACUCUGUUGAAUAAGGCUUGAUUGUAAUUCUUUUCACAAAGAGGCAAUUGGCAAAACAUUUAUAUGUUUAUGAAGAAGAUGCCCAUAUGAAGGGUAAUAAUAAAUAAAGCAUUGCUAUUUUUACUUUAUAA